AGUUCUUUAGAAGGUUCUUUACGCAGAACAAAUUUCACCCUCAAGGAGUUUGCAUCUACCAACGGAAGUUAUCUUUUUUGCCUUGUGACUGUCAAAUAAAUGUUUUGUACAAUAAGUUCAUGUACUGACAUCGAUCUGCUCUGAAUCCCAGUACUUGUUUUGUGUUUUAAUCUGCUUCACAUGGUUGCUGAUCCUCGGUGAUAUCUUAAGAGGAAAUAUGGGCGUGAAAGGACUCUGGCGUAUCCUCCAGGAAGCUCAAGAGAACGUGCCCCUUGAACAGCUUAGGAAUUCAGUGCUAGCCCUUGAUGCUUCGGGCUGGGUAGUCCACGUGGGGCUCAGAUCCUUCUUCUAUCGCGUAAGGAACCUCGUGCGGGCAGGCGUAGUGCCCCUCGUAGUCCUGGACGGGCGAGUGCCGCAGGAAAAGCUGUCCGUCGUGGCCGAGCGCAGGUGGAAGUGCUUGCGGUACAAGGCCAAAAGGCUCUCGUCCGCUAUAAGGAAAAAAAUGUAUGAGGAACCGUGCACCAUCAGGCCAACGACUGCACUUACCCAGGUGCUGAGGGGGUUGGGCGCACCCGUCGUGCGGAGCGAAGGCGAGGCCGAGAAACUGUGCGCUUGGCUGGACCAAAGGGGGGUGGUGGACGGCGUGAUCUCCAGCGACAGCGACGCUUUCCUCUACGGCGCCGGGACUGUGUACCGCCUAGUGUCGACGCGCUCAGGCGGAAUGUGCAAGAGGAUACAAAGCCGUGAUGUGAGGGCGUGGUGUGGACUGUCCAGGUGGGCGCUGAUCGGCGUGGCCGCCCUCCUCGGCUGCGACUUCCUCCGGGCGGCGUCGGGGCGUCGGGCUCACCAAGGCCCUGAAGCUCCUCCGUCAGGCGGAUCCUCGGCGGGAUUUACGUGAGUUUCUCAAGCCGUUCUUCCAAGGGCCAGAUCGGAAGCGCCUGGAUCUGGUGCUGGACGAGUUCGUCUCGCCCC